UUAAAGUUCAAUACAGGGUUAAUAUUGACCUGAUUUGUGAUGUGUACGGUUAUUAGCUCAUGAUUUUGUAUUCAUACCCCGUUUAAAAUUUAUAAUAGAAUAUACAUUGAGGAUAGACUUGAUGGAAAUCUAAUAGAAUAGAGAGACCGGGAAGUUGGUUAAAACUUGAAGAGACCCCGUUAUAUAGACACAGGACUAAAGUGAAAGUGUGACUCGGCUAUAACAGGAAGGUUUAAAUAAUGUAAUAACUGAUUCAGCCACAAUAGCAGACAACUCGAAUUGAAAUGGCUAGUUUUGGAUGUCACCUCAAGUAUUUUAUCUUCACUGUGAUAAUUAGUUGCCAUUUACUUUUGGGAGAAAUCACGAUUAAUUAUCGACCUGUUAUAGGAAUUUUAACUCAAAGGGUUUCCCAAGAACUUUCUCAAUAUGGUGAUACAUAUAUUCCUGCAAGUUAUGUAAAUUAUUUAGAAGAAUCAGGUGCACGAGUUGUUCCUAUAAGAGCUGGUCGACCGGAAUCUUAUUAUAAGAAUAUAUUUUCACAGAUAAAUGGAGUUUUAUUUCCCGGUGGUGGUGUUGGACUGGUUACAAGUUAUUAUGCUCACAGUGGAAGAUAUAUCUACGAUCUAGCAAAAAAGGCCAAUGAUGCUGGUGAUUAUUUUCCUUUAUGGGGAACUUGUCAAGGCUUUCAACUUCUCAAUAAUUUAACUGCCUAUGAAAAUUUGAUAACACCUACUGAUAGUGAAAAUUUGCCUUUACCGUUAAAUAUAACUACGGAAAAUGUCGGUGCCAGUCGACUAUUCAGUAAAAUGCCAGCCUACAUUUAUAAUAUUUUGAAAUACAGACCAGUAACUUUUAAUAACCACCAUUAUAGUAUGACAUCAGAUACGUUUUACAAUACCGCGUCUCUAAAAUCUUUCUAUCGAGUUCUGUCAACAAAUGUAGAUAGAAAAGGCGUAGAAUUUAUUUCAACUUUUGAAGCUUUCAAGUAUCCAUUUUAUGGUACACAGUGGCACCCAGAAAAGAACAGUUUUAACUGGAGUCCAAAGCUGUUAAUUGACCAUAGUGACCUGGCUGUCGAUGUUACUCAAUACUUCUCUAACUACUUUGUCAACCAAGCCCGAUUUAGUUUCCACAAGUUCGCGAACAAUAAUACUGAAAUCCAUUCCAUGAUUGACAACUAUAAACGAACCUAUUUAACAGAUGGAACAUUUGAUGUCAUUUAUUUUUUUAAUCUUAACGGAACGGAUCCGUUUGAAUAACCAUUCAUCCUUCUUUUAUAAUUUUUUACGUUUGGCGCCUAUGAUAACAUAUAAUGUUUCCAUAUAUAUAUAUAUUGCCUUGAAAACCUAACGGCGAAACAUGUAGGCAGUUAAAUAAAAUUUCUUUAAUGGUA